AUGGGGGUUGUAUGGUUGUAUGAUAUUUGGGGAUGGGGGUUGUUUGGGGUGGGUUUUUGUGUGUUUGGGGGGGUUAGGUUUUUGGUUGUUUUGGUGUUUUGGGUUUUGGGUGGAUUGAUUUUGUUGGUGGUUUGGUUGGUUUGGGUGGGUUGUUGUUGGUGUGGUUGUAUUUGGGGGUGUGGUUUUUUUUGGGGGUGGGUGGGGGUGGGGUUGUGGGGUGUGUGUGGGGUGGGGGUUGGUGGUUGUUUGUGUGGGGUGGGUUUGGUUGUUUGGGAGGGGUGUUGUGUUUGGUUGGGUUGUGUUUGGUGGUUGGGUGGGUUGGGGUGUUGGGUGGUGGAGUGGGGGGUGUUGGGGGUGUUGUGGGGUGGAGGGUUUAGUGGGGGUGGUUGGGGGGGGUGUGGUGGUGGUUGUGUGUGUUGGUGUUGGGGUGUUGUUGUUGUUUGGGGGGGGGGAUGUGUUGUUUGGUUUUUGAUUUAG